AUGUUAAUAUCGGAAGGGAUCAAUCACGGCAAAUUACAAUCAAUUAUUGUAGGGGAAUUAAAAAAAGCAGGAUUAAAGCAUCGCCUAAAGAAAAUCAUAUUAAAAAAUGUGAAAGAUCAUAAAGCCGUUUUUGGAGCGCCUUUAGUUAAGGUUCCAUCGUGUAGUGUAAUUUGUUGUGGAAGUACACUAAGCAUUCCUAUUGUAGUCAGUGAAAUGUCAUCAGUGCUUCGUUCUAAUGCUCAUAUUCAAGGUUUAUUUCGCAAAGCUGGUUCACAAACUCGCCAAAAAGACAUAAAGAGACUACUUGAUGCAGGUGGAUGUGUAUCGGAAGGCCAUCAUCCAAUAGAUGUGGCCAGUGUACUUAAAUUAUACUUACGCUGCUUACCAGAGCCUCUAAUUAGUGCAGAAGUUCAGGAUUUACUUCUACGAUGUAGAGUCACAGCUGGGGAAGAUGGGUUGAAACCCAUCCUGCACACAUUAUUAUUAUUGCCUGUCCUACAUGUUCACUUACUACAUUAUAUAAUGGAGCUACUUAAUUUUAUUGCAUCAAGACACAAGGACAAUUUAAUGGACUCAUCAAACCUAGCUAUAGUGUUGGCACCCAGUAUUAUGCCCUUACCAGCUGCAUCCUCUGCACAGAGGCUGGAGCACCAUGUUGCACUUGUUAAAAUGUUCAUAGAAAACUCUCAACACAUUGGUGUUCUAACGGACGAUCUCAUGACACAACUGGAUGAUGACUCUGAUGUUUAUAAAUCAAGAAGAAAGAAAAGACGGAGCGGGUCACUAAAUCGAAUGCUCAGCGGUCUUCGUAAAAUGGUGUCCGGAAACGCGAACACACCAGCGACGGUGCCCGAAAAUGGAAAAACCCCUAUCCUUAGCAAAUCGGCGUCCAAAAGGAAGUUAGACGGCUACGAGGGCCUUUCUGCCAAAAUAAAGAAAGAAGUCACGAAAAAUCUGCCACAGAAAGAGUUAUCCUUCACGCCGAUGAAAAUGGGUAUCACAGAACGGAAAAGGUUACGACUAAGCCUAAUGGACGUCAGGGGUACGCCAUUAAUAAACUCUGAUUUCAGUUCUCAUAAAAACUCUGAAACGAGCGUGAGCAGCGAAGACAUAUUAACCUCCUCUGAAAAUUUGUUCAGUGCUCACGACACAAUAGACUUGUCUCCUGAUAUGAAACAAGCAGAUAAGGAUUACGUAAGAAUCUCCAAGCAAGAGUAUGAGGAAAUCAAAAGCAGAGUAUCCGCCAUUGAAAACAGGCUGUCCAGAGAAUUCACAGACGUAAUACCAAGAGUGCAACCUUUACAACACGUUCAAAACGCAUACGAACAAACAUUAGAGGAAGUGGCUAUGUUGAACUGUCCAAACUCUGAACAUUUGGCGCGACGCCUGAGCAAAGAACUAAAGAUUAGACCAAAGGAACAAGCUAAAAUCAUAAGAUCUCCCAGCGCCAGGAAAAUUGGCACAAUUAGACGUCGCUCCAAAGAAAAUAUAACAAAAAUUGUGAGACACAAGUCAUGGAACGCUUCCUCCCAAUCACAAGCUAGUCAUAAUUCAGAUAGAUUCUAUCCGUAUACUGGAAUGAUAUCAAGAGAAAGGACGAGAACAGAAAAGUCAGAUUUGGCCGAUAAAACGCAAAAUACUUCAUUCGAUGAAUGGGACGUUUUUGCGUCGGACAAUUCACUAAAUAACCAAUCGGACCCGAGUCAAAAGUACAGGCUCCGAAGAAGAAUUAGUCUCGCACCUGACGGUAAUUUAGAUAAAACAAUCGGUAAACUUCAGCCUCGAAGAUCGUUAAAUAUUACAACGAACAAUAGCUGGGACGGAACGGCUUCAGAGAAUUCUCUAAAUGACUCCAGUGCUAAAUUUAAUUCAGGACACUUUCAGUGUUACCAAAGUAAUGACAAAACGUCGAACAAGUUUUGUAAAGACAGACCUUCACAACAGAAAUGGCGCAGUGCUGCUGCGUUCUUUAUGGAUAAAACAGGCGAAUUGGAAAGUAACGGUCAAUCGGGACGUCCGUCAGUGAACAAGUUGCGACAGCAGAACGCCGGCGCUGUACUCGCUAAAGCGAAGCUAUUCGAGUCCAGCUCCGACAAGUCGUCAGAGGGAAAUGACAAAAUGCAUUCCGGUUUUGCAAGGAGACCGAGAGUAAACGGCCAACAUCAAAAUAAACCAUUAAAAAGUGUCACAAACACAAAGUCGAAGGUCCCAGUAAAUAUGCACGCGUCGCCAAAUGCUCCUAGUCGUUUAAAUAGGGUAGUAGAUUAUAGCGGUAAGAACACCCUACGACCCUACCCGCCCACUAAUCAAGGAAAGGAAGACGUUAAUAACUGGAGACUUAAUCGGAAAACAACACCGCCUGUAAGGAAAGUAGUUUCGCCACAAAGUGUGCUUAUGAAAACUCCUCAGACGCCAGCUAUGAAGAAACCAUUAUGUCAACCAAGAAAUUUACGGACACCGGUGGCUUCUCACGAUAUAAAGAAAUUAAAUACUCCUCUUAAAGCCGUGCAUAUAUCACCGAGAAGACGAUCACCGAGACAGAAACUACAACGUUCGUUUAAUAAUGUUAAUUAA